AUCAUAAUUCAAUUCGGCACCUUACCUACCGAAAGUUGAAGAAAAAUUCUCAAAAUGCGUCAAUUUUCACCGCGCAGACGAACUAUAACGAAGCAUGCGAGUUAUCCGACGGCAAAAUCUGACCGAACCCGCGUGCCGGCGGAGAUGAACACUGAGACACAGGCCAACCUUCGCAAGACCGAGAAUGAACUGCGUACCAACAAAGGUUUUAUGGACACUAUCCAUCGGAAAAGUAUUGGUGACUUAGAUCAACAAAGAAAGGUUUUAGAAAAAUCUAUGUUGGCUUACACAGCUAAAAUGAAGGCAAUAUCAAACUCUCGAACAAGUGAGCAGUUCAAUGAACUAUACACGUGCCAUUCGAGCCGCAAAGAUGAUGACCGGAAGGGUGUGACUUUGAUGGACAGUAUGUCGCCUCGGUCCUCAAUUUGCAGCCUGCCCGCGGACCUGCAGCGCGCCCGUCGCCACGCGGAGAUCCGCAGCCUCAAUGGGUUCGUCGGGGUGGUGGUACCGUCACCCGUGCAGGAAGUCCGAGACUCACCAGACUGGCUGCACUCCCGCAUCGCACAAUCCGCCAGUCAUAAACGAACAACACAUUAUUCCCCUGUAAGAAAGGGGACCAUGUCUGAACAUGGCGAAAUGGAGAAAAAAGUAUCAAUCGAACGUGAUACCUGUCUCACGAAAGCAAAUGAACAAUUGGCUGUUGAUCAUACGACAGAUUACUCAAAUGACAGUAAUACGAUAUACCCAAAACAAACUAGCGUCAGCAAACCAGGGCCGCGAGUAUCACAAGGCCACUUCCCGUGGUCUCUUAAGGCGGACACGGACAGCCUAACUGACAGCGCCUAUAGUUCCGGUACAGAGGACGAAGGGUUGGAGCAGCGAGAUCUAACCCCGGACGAUGAGAGUGAUAGUGUGUCGGGUCGGGAAUCGCUUGACCUCCCGUUUACCCAUCCAAGACUACAUGUCCGCAGAACAAUUUUGAAUAAGCGAAAAGGGAAUUCCCGUAAACAUAAUAACGAAGAAAAUUUGUUUAAACAAGUUCUUUUAAAACAGUCUAAAUAUUCGCUUAACGCUAAUACAGCUAACACUGCAUCUUUGUGACAAAAACUACGACAAUAAAUAUACCUGCACAGAUGCUUCUUCUAGUGAGAUGACUUUGAGCGAAUAAAUUUAACGUUUCAGUUAUUUUAUGUGUUUUCACAUAUUAAAAGUAUA